AUGACUUCAAGAACAAGUCUUUUGUUCUCGUUUCCUUCUGUCCUUCAACGAACCGCGCGACCACUAACCACAAAAAUAUCCUACUUGAGAGUCGCCUCAGUACGUGGUAGAUGGUACAGCAGCGACCGGGGCUCAUCACAACCGAAGGAACGAUCAAUCACCGCUCAAGAUGCCGAAAAUUCGCCUGACCUUUCUCACCUGAAUCCACCGCCUGACGAUUAUUCUCGGUUUAUAUUUCAGGACAAAUGUCGCUCCACAAUAUAUGCUGGGUCGGGUGGCAAUGGAUGUGUCUCGUUCCUGCGUGAGAAGUACAUCGAGGAAGGGCCGCCAAACGGGGGCGACGGUGGAAGCGGCGGAAGCAUCUAUAUCCAAGCUGUCGAGGGCAUUACUAGCCUGCACAAACUUGCUCGUCGAGGAGUAAUCAAAGCUGGAAGGGGCAAGAAUGGACAAGGGAAGAGCAAAGGAGGCAGGCGAGGAGAGGAUGUUUUACUACAAGUUCCCGUUGGGACAGUCGUGCGAGAGGUAGAGCGGUACGACCCAGUGGCGGAGGAACUGAAGCGUCGAAAGGCGCCUGCAGUGGAUGUCGACGAGCUCGAUGAGAUCGGGCUUCCCUCAGUCCGUCAAGAUCGCUGGGUGCUCUACCCGGGCUCCAAUCCUUCCGAUUUCCUGACCACGGCCUUUCCAAGGAAUCCUCCUCGAAGGCAAAAUAUAGCCGCUAUGGAACCCAAAGCGCCGAUAUACCUCGACCUUUCAAAACCCAUGGAUAAGCCGAUCUUGCUGGCCGCCGGAGGCGUCGGCGGUCUGGGCAAUCCCCACUGGGUAUCUCGUUCGAUCACUCGGCCAAAGUUCGCGUCUAGGGGAGAAGGGGGUAUGCGCCUGGAGCUUGAAUUUGAAUUAAAGCUGCUGGCCGAUGUUGGAUUAGUCGGGAAGCCGAAUGCCGGUAAAAGCACGCUUCUUCGUUCAUUGACCAACAGCCGCACGCGCGUUGGAAAUUGGGAGUUCACCACGCUCUCGCCCAGUAUCGGGACUGUCGUUAUCGAUGACCACAAGGGAAGGCCGCUUGUUGAGGCCAAGGGAAAGGCAAUGCGGACCAACUUCACCAUAGCAGACAUUCCAGGUCUGAUAGAAGGCGCACAUCUCGACCGUGGCCUUGGAUUAGGCUUCCUGCGACACAUUGAGCGGGCGGGUAUUCUGGCCUUCGUGGUAGAUUUGAGUGCAGGAGACCCUGUGCAAGGCCUUCAAAAUUUGUGGCACGAGCUUGGGGAAUAUGAACGGAUACGUAACACCGACCCUGUCUUCGAAAGCGAAGAUGAAUGGCAACCGACUGGAGGUCUGCCUGAACUCACUUCACAACAUCCCGUGUACGACUUAGCUUCUCCAUGGAAUCCUACGACGAAUACCCCUGACAACAUGAAAGGACAGCUCCCUUCUCUUGAACUUCCACCUAUUCACACAAAACCUUGGUUUGUCGUGGCUACGAAAGCCGACUUGCCAGAAACUCAGGACAGAUUCAAGGUCCUGCGAGACUACCUCGCUGCCGUUCAAAAUGGUGCGGUCGACCACCCAGGAGGAUACCCAGAUGGUUGGAAAGAGAAGGUCUGCGCCGUUCCAGUAAGCGCCAUCAGAGGCGAGGGAGUCAGUCGAAUUCCAAGGCUUGUGUUGGAGCUGCUAGACUAA